AUGGCAGAUUCCCCAUCUCCAGCACCGCAGCCUCCCCAGCCUCCUGCGCCCACGACGCACACAGGCUCGCCCACCGACUUCCUCAAGGGCGUCGUCGGCAAACGCGUCGUCGUGCGCCUGCUUUCUGGUGUUGAUUAUCGAGGCAUCUUAUCGUGUUUGGAUGGGUAUAUGAAUAUUGCGAUGGAGCAGACGGAGGAGAGUGUGAAUGGCAAAGUUGUGAAUCGGUAUGGGGAUGCCUUCAUUCGAGGGAACAAUGUGCUGUAUAUCUCUGCUGAUGAGCCAAUAUGA